UAGGUUUUACAGUAAAGAGUUAUAACAUACAGCAGUGGAUGGUGAGUAUAAAACAAGGAUUAAUGCUCACAUCACAAUUGCAAUGGUCACUUGCCUAUAAGGAGAAAUGAAUUUUCAUCUUUUAAUGACAGUGACACUUCUGUAUAUUAUUAGGCUUUGCCCUUCUGAAUGUGGGGUUAAUUUAGGCACAUGCAUCCUCCAAGGUGACCCUCAGCCCCCUGCUCUCUUCAAGGAUGGAGACUUCAUCAUUGGAGGGGCUUUCACCAUUCAUUACUAUGUGAGGACAGAGAAGCACACCUAUACUAAACGACCACAACCACUGGAGUGCAGUGGCAGCAUGGACUUCAGAGAGCUGCGCUUUGCUCGUGCCUUGCAGUUCACUAUCCAAGAGAUAAACAACAGCUCUAAUCUCUUACCGGGCAUCACAUUAGGGUAUCAUAUAUAUGACUCUUGUGCUUCUGUGCCAAUGGCAAUUAAAGUAGCGUUGCAGCAUGCCAACGGACAAGAUCUGUUAUUUAAUGACACUGAUUCCUGUGCAAAAUCAGCAGCAGUACUUGCACUAGUUGGAGAUUCUGCUUCCACGCCGGCAAUAAGCAUUUCAAGACUUCUUGGUCCUUUUGGAAUUCCACAGGUGAGUCAUUACGCCACAUGCGCGUGUCUCAGUGACAAGCGGCAACAUCCUACUUUCUUCAGGACCAUCCCCAGCGAUCACCAUCAAGCGGCCGCACUAGCAAGGAUGGUCAAACACUUUGGAUGGACGUGGAUCGGAACUGUGUGCAGUGAUUCAGACUACGGGAACAAUGGCAUGGCGUCAUUCUUGAAAGCUGCGGAGAACGAGGGAAUCUGUGUGGAGUAUUCUGAGGCCUACUACAGGACCCAGCCGCGCAGUAAAUUGAAAAGAGUCGCUGAUGUGAUUCGCAGAUCAACGGCUCGUGUAAUAGUUGCCUUUGUGGCCGCAGGUGAUAUGAGAUUUCUCUUAGAAGAGCUGAGUCAGCAGCCUCCUCCUCCGAUGCAGUGGAUUGGCAGCGAGGCGUGGGUUACAGAUCCACAAAUGCUGCGGUUUAAUUUGUGUAUCGGUGCUGUGGGUGUUGCAAUCCCGCGGUCUGUUAUCCCGGGAUUUCGUAACUUUUUACUUGACCUGUCUCCAGAGCAGGCGCUGAAAUUUCCCCUGUUGACAGAAUUCUGGGAAAGCUCAUUUAGCUGUAGUCUAAAACGGCAGACAGGUUCUUCAACUGGUAUGCCAGCAUGUGAUGGCACAGAGGACCUGCGUGCAUUACAGAAUCCGUACACAGACACGUCCCAGUUGCGCGUCACUAACAUGGUGUACAAAGCCACAUAUGCUAUAGCUUAUGCCCUACAUGGCAUUGUCUGUAACGAAAAACAAUGUGACAAAAACAUCAAAGUUGAGCCCCGGCAGGUUUUUGAUCAACUCAAGCAAGUGAAUUUUGCUAAAAAUAAUUAUUCUGUUUCAUUCGAUGCCAAUGGAGACCCCGUGGCCAUCUAUGAACUUGUGAAUUGGCAGCUUCAGGGAGAUGGUUCAGUUGAUUUUGUUACAGUGGGUCAAUAUGAUGCAUCCCAGCCUAAAGGACAAGAAUUCAGUCUAAGCACAACUAUUGUUUGGUAUGAUGGCAGUGAAAAGGUGCCUGUGUCUGUGUGCAGUGAGAGCUGUUCUCCAGGUUCUAGGAAAGCUGUGCAAAAAGGAAGACCUGUCUGCUGUUAUGACUGCAUUAACUGUGCUGAUGGAGAGAUCAGCAAUGAAACAGAUUCUUUAGAAUGUCAUAAAUGCCUUCCCGAGAACUGGCCCAAUAUUGAGAAGGACAAGUGUCUUCCUAAACCAGUGGAGUUUCUCUCCUGGAAUGAGAUCCUUGGGGUUGUCCUAGCUGUUUUUUCUGUUGUUGGCUCUUUAGUGGCUUUGAGCAUUACUCUUGUCUUCUACAAAAACAGGGCCUCUCCAAUAGUAAAAGCCAACAACUCAGAGCUGAGCUUCCUGCUGCUCUUCUCAUUGACACUGUGUUUCCUCUGUUCACUUACUUUCAUUGGUCGGCCCACUGAGUGGUCCUGUAUGUUGCGUCACACAGCAUUCGGGAUCAUAUUUGUUCUCUGUAUCUCCUGUGUUCUCGGAAAAACAAUAGUGGUGUUAAUGGCUUUCAGGGCUACACUUCCAGGAAGUAAUGUUAUGAAAUGGUUUGGGCCUGCACAACAGAGACUCAGUGUUUUUGGUUUCACUCUUGUACAGGUACUGAUAUGUGUGGUUUGGUUAACAAUAUCUCCUCCAUAUCCUUACAAUAAUAUGCAACACUACAAAGAAAAAAUAAUUCUAGAAUGCAGUUUAGGAUCAGCUGUUGGUUUCUGGGCUGUACUGGGUUAUAUUGGCCUUCUAGCUUUCCUUUGCUUUAUUUUAGCUUUUCUGGCCCGAAAGCUCCCUGAUAACUUCAAUGAGGCUAAAUUCAUCACAUUCAGUAUGAUCAUAUUCUGUGCUGUUUGGAUCACCUUUAUUCCAGCUUAUGUCAGUUCUCCAGGGAAAUUUACUGUAGCUGUGGAGAUAUUUGCCAUUUUAGCUUCAAGCUUUGGUUUGAUUUUCUGUAUUUUUGCGCCUAAGUGUUUCAUUAUUGUCUUUAGGCCAGAGCAGAAUACAAAAAAAUAUUUAAUGGGUAAAGUGCCAUCAAAAUCACUUUGAGAUACUAUUUUUACAUGUUUGUGCUACAUGUGCAAAUAUGUUAUGUAUAUUGUACCAUG